AUGUCACAGGAAAGGAUGUUGGAGGAAGUUGUGUCCCCCUUUCUUAUGCAGUUAUCGAAAGCAAGAGUUCAUUCGUUGACACUGGACGGGGAUAGUUUACCUUCAGAGAUCAAACUUCUGUUUGAAAAUAUCGAGAGAGAAGCACGUGACAUGGAGGAUGUACUAAAGCGGGUGUCUAGAUGGGAAAGUGAGAUUAUCAAUGACUUCGGAGGAAUUGCUCGGCAUUUAGAUGACAUCAUAGAAGAAGAUAGCCAGCAGCAAUUUGUACAUUCCAAGCUUCAGAUUGUGAACACCGAAAUGUCCAACUUAAAAGACCGCAUGAAAUUUCCUCUCCAUGUUCCUUUGAUCAAGCCAGCAGCUCCUGCGUUGUUAUCAUCAUCUUUACCGUCCAAAUUGCUGUCUGCAGAUGCUUCAGAGCAAUGGAAAAAACUGGAGAUUGAGAAGAAAAUCCUUGAGAGCUCCAUGAUAUCUAAUUUGCAGCUCAGCUAUUAUAAUCUUGAUAUUCAGCUGAAGCUGUGCUUGUUAUGCUUCUCUAUAUUCCCAGAAAAUUGCAUUAUUAGCAAGAGGGCUAUGAUCCAUUGGUGGAUUGGUGAAGGGCUAGUAGAGGCCACAAGAAGUCAGACAGCUGAAGAUAUUGGGAAGGAGUGCUUUGAGAGGUUAAUCACUGCAGAGAUGAUUGAACCUGUACGUCAUAAACGUAACUGUACUGUGAACCAAUGUACUCGCCGUGCUUGUCUAGUCGGAGAACAUAUUCAGGUAACAGAGACGACACCACUCAGAAAUCAGUCCAAUCCAGAUUACCUUCUUGCAAUAUUCAAUGUGAGCGAGCAAUACCUCCAGUUCGACAAGAAUUGGUUCUUGGAUUUGAGGAAGAUCGAAGUUCUCCAACUAGGUCGGUGGCAUAACUUGUACCGACACCAUAUUGAGGUUGACAGCACGGAAUAUUUGGAAGGGUUGCAGUCAUGCAAACAAUUGAAAUAUCUUUGUCUGCGGGGUAUCUCCCGUAUCACAGAGCUUCCUGCUUCGAUCGGCGCACUCUCAAAUCUCAGGAUCUUGGAUCUUCAUGCUUGUCAUAACCUUGAGAGGCUUACUGAGAGCAUCACGUCUCUUCAGAUGCUGACCCACCUGGACGUUUCAGAAUGCUACCUUUUGGAGGGCAUGCCAAGGGGCAUUGGUUUGCUUACUGAACUCCAAGUGCUGAAAGGGUUUGUCAUUGGUGGAUCUACAGGCAAGUACAAUUGUCAGGUAGCGGAGCUGGUCAGGCUGGGCAAGCUGAAGAAGCUUAGCAUAUAUAUUGGAAGCAAAGUUCUAGUGACAGAAGACGAACUGCAUGAAGUUGAGAACAUCAAAGCCCUUCGUGUGCUGACAAUUACAUGGGCUGUGUUGCUGUCAAAGAAAGGAGCGGAUGAACAAGAUUCAACAGCAACAGCAUUGUUAAAUUCGUUAUCCCUUCCUCCCCAUCUCGAGAAGCUAGACUUGCGUUGCUUCCCUGGUGAGAACAUACCUGUUUGGUUGAGUCCGAGUAGGCUGUUGAGACUACGGAGGCUCUACUUCACAGGAGGAAUGCUGCGCACUUUUGGAGAGAAGAGCAUGUCCGAGCAGUGGAACAUUGAGAUAAUGCGUUUGAAGUUCUUGAAUGACUUGGUACUAGAAUGGACCCAGGUGAAUGAGAUGUUUCCGAACCUGACCUUCCUGGAGGUAUUCAGAUGCAGCAACAUAGAAUCUUUCCCUUGUGACAAGGAUGGAGUGUGGAUGAACUGUGACACCCAGGAAACCAGAGAGUAG